AUGGAUCAAGUACUUGGGUCCAAUAAUAACUCAUUUGUUCUGAAACUUUCAGCAGAGGUUGCCAGUAAAAGUUUACUUCAAGAAAAGGCACAGGUGAAAACAAAUUACGUGUGUUUGACAAAAGCGGCAGAGAAUAACAGAAAAACAUUCAAACCUGUGGUAGCAUGGCUAAGGUUUAAUGAGGGAGUUUGCACCAAUGAUGCAUACAAGAUGAAGUAUGUGUUAGAUGCAGGUGGGGAAAACAUUGAUGACUCGAUGAACAAAAAUACCUAUGACACUUCAAUCCCGGAUGACAUGGACGACUUCCAUGCUAUCCUAUGUACAGUUGAUGUUGUCAUUGAUGAAACUUACACUUCACACCCUGUCGAAUACAAGCUUUCCACAUUCUUGCAAAACUUAAAAGUGAACGAAGAUGAAGCACAGUAUGAUGGUUUUGGCUUCCUUACAAAACAAAGCUUAUGGAGAUAUGAUAAGAGGAUCCAAAAUUCUGAUUCUCUUGAUUGGUCAAACAAUGCUGUCUCUCAGCCUCAGCUUGUUCUGGCAGAUUUAUUAGAGGCAUUUUUUCCUACGGGAAAUUACACGACAACUUACUUGAGAAACCUUGCCAAGGAUGAAAAAGUUACUACCAUUGAUCCUCAGAUGUGCAGUAGAGAGAUUUCCACUGCAAUGGAACCCAUCAAGGUUCCUUGUUAGAAGUGUGAUAACUGUCUUAUAAGGUUCCUAGUCUAAACAACUACAUAUGCUAUUUUAAAUUCUGUAAGUAUAUGCAGCGUA